GUAUUGUGUUGGAGUAUUUUGGACCUCAAACUUUUGUCUGGUUGAUGUUCACACACCUUCGAAGCCUCCCAGAUUCUCACACCUUAACUUGCACCAGAACACCAUCUUUGUUCAUCAUCAAGUUUUCCCUCUCUUCAUAACUCCUGAAUCUUUGGCUAUAUUUCUGAUCAAAAUCUCCCAUUUUCUCGGAAAACCCAUCACCAGAUUCUUGGCGUUUCCCUGAAUCCAGCUGCAAAGAUUGGUUUUUGGGAAGAGUUCUGAUCUGGGUGUUCCGCAAAAAGGUGGUUUGAGCUUUUGAGAGAGAGUGAGAUAUGAUGGUGGGGGCUGCUCUGUCUGUGGUGGGUUCGUCGGUGGUGGACUCGCACACAAGUCCUUGCCUGUGUUUGGAUGCGCUGCCGACUACGGCGAUGAAUCUCAAGAGCGGGGGAGAAAUGGUUUUGCAGAGGAAUUCAAUGGCCAAGAAGCAUGUGGUGAAACCAGGCUCCUUGGAGUUGGGCAGUUCGUUCAUUGAUUCCGGCCACGACAGGCGAUUUUCGAUGAAAGCUGUUCGUGGUAUUGGCAGUAGGAGUACGAGGAAGCGAAAGAACCGGGGUUUUGUAAUUGUUAAUGAGCUUGCAGGGCAAUACGAAGACAGUUUUGAGGAUGUUAAAACGCAAUUACUCAACUAUUUUACGUACAAGGCUGUGAGGACUGUUAUGAACCAGCUGUAUGAGAUGAACCCAACACAAUAUAGGUGGUUGUACGAUUUUGUUGUAACUCACAAGCCUGGAGACGGGAAGCGGUUCCUUCGCACCCUGGGGAAGGAGAGGCAUGAACUUGCUGAGAGAGUAAUGGUGACGCGGCUUCACCUCUAUGGUAAAUGGGUCAAGAAAUGCGAUCAUGCCGCAAUAUAUCAAGGAAUCGCAGACGAGAACUUGGAGUUGAUGCGUGAACGGCUUACUGAGACUGUGAUAUGGCCCUCCGAUGACAACACGGAGAAGAUUGGCUGACGGGGGAUUGUGGCUUUCAUCGUGCAUGGUUGAGCUUGAGCCUUGUUUGUUGUUCCUAGUCUAGUCUAGGUAUAUUAUUUGGCACCAAGUCCAACUAAUAAGUUGGCGAAUAUCUGUAAAUUGUAUAUAAUGUAUGAAUUUGAUCAAAUAUCCUCCUCACCCUCCCUCACCACUUGGCCUAACUUCAAGAGCUUCAGGCCCCUUGGUUGCGAUUGAAUCCAUGUAAACGAAAACUCCUCGUACGUUUUGCAGUCAAUGAAAGAAAAUUCGUAUCACUAA